UGCGCCUCCACUCCUCUUUUGUUUGCCUUUAUAUGAGUGGUGGAAAUACCUUGGCUCUCCUCCAGUUUUCAGGACUGUUCCCCUCCAUCAAGCUCUUUAGUAUUCUCUGCCACUUUUCAGAAAGCUCUGCUUCCAAAGAGGGGGCUCGUUCCUUUUGCCCCAAAGCUUCAGAAUACUUAUAUUGAGCAUCCAUCUCCAGACACACCGUUAGGAAGUUCUUCCUUCCCAAAGAAGAACUCUGUGUGGCUCCAAAGCUUUCACUGCCUUUUACUAUCGGGAGCCCUUUUCCGGAUGGAUGCAAAGUGAGGCAGCUUCCCUUUUGCAACCCAAUUUGUCUUUACAAAAGGAAACUCCUUGUUCUCUCCCCCCAUCCUUUGCUCCUGCUUUUCUUUGCUAGCAGACAAUGGAGCUUUUCAAAAGUUGCCCGAAUUGGACGUUCCUUCUUUUGUGGUUCCAGGCAUCGGGAGGAGAGAGUUUCCUCAUCAAAAAUGCCCGUCUGGGGAAGUGCAUCCACGUCUUCCCUCACGCGGUGGACCAAGUGGGUCUCUCCGAAUGCAAGCCCCAUUCCCUCCACCAUCAGUGGGGCUGGGACAUGGCCAGGCGGGCAGUGGUCAGCCUCGCAACCAAGCAAUGCCUGUCCGUCUCCCACUUGGAAGAGUUUGCCUUGGCGCAGGUGGGGGUCUGUGGAGGAGAGGGGCCACCCCAGGGCUGGACCUGCAGCCAAAAGGGACACCUCACCCUCCAAGGCUCUGGCCUCCACCUCACCACCAAACCUGGCGGGCACAAGGCCUUCCUGGCCAAAGAGAAGGACAAGUUCAGCAGGUGGAAGACGCUCACCGACGAGAUCAUCUGCGCUGUGGAGCCAGCGGUGACGGAUCUUGGAUUUGGAGAUCCAGUAGAGGAACGUCUAGACCCACUGGACUGGGUCCCGGAAAGUAAAUCUACAGCUUCUCUUGAGCUUCGCAUGACCUUUCCCGUCAAGGCCACCACUGUCCCUCCGGCCACCAUUUGGGAAGAUUUAUCUAACACCACCAGCACUUUCCCAAAAAAUGAAGAUGGGGGCUUUGCAGAAGAUCAAGAAAGAUACACCCACCACAAAAAGCAUCCAAAGAAAGCGACAGGCUCCCGACAUCCAGGUACCAACUGGAAGAUAAUCAUGCUUGUCCUCAGUCCUGUGGCUUUUAUCCUGGGAUUGGUCAUUCUCCUGCUAAACAUCCACUACAACAGGCCCAGUCUGGCAGCGUGUGGCUCCUUGGCACGCCUGGAAGAAACAGGCGGAGGAGGUGGGCGGAGGAAGCCGGUGGCACAGAUCGCACGGGGGGGAACAAGGCUGCGAGUGCGAGGACGCAUUGCAAGGAUGCAGCUCCCGUCCAUUACGUCUGGGCGGCAGAUGCGAAGGAGCGGGCGAUGCUCCCAGCUUGGCAGCUUCGCCAGCUCCCCAGAUGGCACCUCGAAGCCUCGAAGCAAAGCAAGGGACAGUUUGGACUCAUAUGACACUGAAGUCGGAAGGGAAGGAAACAGCAACAAGGCACUAAAGGACACUCACUGCUCCCAAAAGAAGAAGAGGAAAGAGAAGGGCAAUUUGGAGCACUGA